UUAUUCUCAAUUUCUCCCAUUCAUUCCUCUCCUCCCUCCGCGCGGAGCCUUUUCUUUGUGUGGAUUUCUACCUACGCCGUUGUCUGCAGAGAUGGAGAUUUCAGUUAGCCAAGAUGCCAUAUCCACCAUUCUAGCAAACCCUUCGCCGGAAUCUGGGUCUGACCUACCGGAGAUAGUCGUCCAAGUCGUGGAUCUAAAGCCAACCGGUAACCGAUACAUGUUUACGGCCAGUGAUGGGAAGAUGAAGCUUAAGGCGAUUUUGCAGUCUAGUAUGUCAUCCGAGGUCAUCUCUGGAGCUAUUCAGAACUUGGGCCUUGUUCGGAUUCUUGAUUAUACUCUCAAUGACAUCCCCAUGAAGAAUGAAAAGUACCUAAUUGUAACAAAAUGUGAGGCUGUGUCUCCUUCCCUUGAGGCUGAAUACAAGGCUGAGGCUAAAAGUGAAGGGGCUGGCAUUAUAUUGAAGACAAAACAGGAACUAGAUGUUAAAAGUGUUCAGGAAAGUGAGACAGUUGGCAUUACUUUAAAGCCAAAGGAAGAAACUGUAGCCAAAUCAGCUGCACAGAUUGUACAUGAGCAGAAUGGAAACAUGGCACCAACAGCACGCAUGGCAAUGACCAGGAGAAUUCAUCCACUUGUUUCCUUGAACCCAUACCAAGGAAAUUGGACAAUUAAAGUUUGUGUUACUAGCAAGGGAAACAUGCGGUUUUACAAGAAUGCUAGGGGAGAAGGCUGUGUCUUCAAUGUUGAGUUAACAGACCAGGAUGGCACACAAAUUCAAGCAACAAUGUUUAAUGAAGCUGCAAAGAAGUUCUAUGACAAGUUUGAAUUGGGUAAAAUGUAUUACAUUUCAAAGGGAACUUUAAGAGUGGCUAACAAGCAGUUCAAGACGGUACAGAAUGAUUAUGAAAUGACCCUGAAUGAGAACUCUCAAGUGGAAGAGGCUAGCAAUGAAGCUGCUUUUAUUCCUGAAACUAAAUUCAAUUUUGUCCCAAUUGAUGAACUGGGUCCGUAUGUAAAUGGACGGGAGUUAGUUGAUAUUAUUGGUGUUGUUCAAAGUGUUUCUCCUACAAUGAGUAUCCGGAGGAAGAGUAAUAAUGAGAUGAUUCCGAAGCGUGACAUAACUAUUGCUGAUGAGACGAAAAAGACUGUUGUGGUGUCUCUAUGGAAUGAUCUUGCCACCAGUGUAGGACAAGAAUUGCUAGAUAUGGCUGACAAAUCUCCAGUAGUUGCAAUCAAAUCUGUUAAAGUUGGAGACUUCCAAGGUGUUUCUUUAUCAGCAUUGAGCAAGAGUACAGUGCUGGUGAAUCCAGAUGUACCCAAAGCAAAAGACUUGAGAGCAUGGUUUGAUGCUGAAGGUAAAGAAACAACAUUGGCCUCUGUUGGUUCUGGUUUGAGCCCCUCUUCCAAAAAUGGAUCAUGGUCCAGUCAGUCUGAAAGGGUUUCCCUGCUUCAUAUAACCAGUAACUCAUCCCUGGGUGAGGGCAAGCCUGUGUUUUUCAGAAUUAAGGCAAGUAUCAGUUACAUCAAACCCGAUCAAGCUAUGUGGUAUCGUGGGUGCAAGACAUGCAACAAGAAAGUUACUGAGGCCAUUGGGUCUGGCUACUGGUGUGAAGGUUGCCAGAAGAAUGAUGAAGAGUGCAGACUAAGAUAUAUAAUGGUGAUGAAAGUUUCUGAUGCAAGUGGUGAAGCUUGGCUAUCUGUUUUCAAUGAACAGGCUGAGAAGAUAAUAGGCUGUACUGCAGAUGAACUAGAUAGGGUGAAAUCUCAGGAUGGAGAGAGUGUUUUCCAAGAGAAGCUGAAAGAAGCCACAUGGACUCCUUACCUUUUACAAGUUAGUGUUGCAGUUCAAGAGUACAACAAUGAGAAAAGGCAAAGGAUAACAGUGAGAGGUGUUGCCCCUGUUGAUUAUGUAGAGGAAUCCAAGUACAUGCUUGAAGAAAUGGCUAAGAUGAAUAUCAUUGCUUCUGCAUGAUAGAUAGAUAUUUAGUUGAUGUAAGUGUUGGUAGCAGAAGGCAUCCUUGCAAGGAUAUUUAUAUUUUUGUUUUAAUUAAAUUUGACUUGGGGUUCUUGCUUCUGCAAGAACAAGCCCUGCCCUCAAUGCAUAUGAGGAUUGAAGUUUUAAGUUUAUGGGAUAUAUAGCUAGGAUUUGCAUAUGUAAAUUUAAACCCAUUUGUCAUAAAUGAGUAAAUUUUGGAACACUCUAUUGUCA